UUUGUCUUCGCCCCCCGCAACGGCUCUCUCUCUUCCGAUCUGCUGCCCUCUACUUCAUCCAUAGCGGACAGAAGCCCUCACUUCGCUGCUGUCUCACUCUCACUCUCUGCAGCUGCCCCCGUGCACAGCAGCUUUCCGCCACCGAUUCGAACGAACGUUGCGACUCGUCGACACCUGCGACCUUUCCACGACGACAACGCACAAUCGACCCCCUCUCCAAUAGCGAACCUCGUCCCCUGCGGGCAACGGCCUUUCACACGACACGCUAGAGCUACGACGUUACCGCCCACGACCGCUCACGACCGCCCAGCACGCCGUGACUCGGUGCUUCGAAGGCUUUACUCGACAGCUCCAGCUCAUUACCGCAUAUCGACCGACGCCCAAAAGUCCUCGUGUGACCCGGCAAACGCACCCAACGCUCGCCGACCUUCCUCUUCUCGUCACAAUGCCUGCUCCGUCGACGGCGCAACAAAAGGUGCUGCUUGCGCAGUUUGUCAGCCUCACUGGGGUUACGGAGCGGCAGGCAACUCGGUAUCUCAAGUCGACUGGCUACAAGCUCGAGGAAGCCGUGGAUGCUUGGAAGGGCGUCAAACAGCAUCUGCCGUCCAAAGUCGCAAAGGGCGUGCCCCAAUGGCUGUCUAAGAAGAAACGGGAGAAUCAUGACGCAGAGGGCUCUGCCACGGAUCAUUCUGGACGGUAUUUCAUGAACUCGGCCAACGAAGGCAAAGGACCGUCUCCGUUGGAGGUGAAGUUGGAUGCCCUGUUUGACUCAUUAAGGGAUGACGAAAACGAUGAAAAGGACCAGCUAGAGCUGGAGUCCACCAUGAACUAUCUGAGUGAGAAGCUCAACAUCAGCCUAGAAAAUGCGGAGCUGUUUGUCGUACUGGAGCUGCUGCAGGCUCCGAGCGUGGGCGAAAUUACCAGAGAAGGCUACAUCAAUGGCUGGAGAUCAAGCGGGGUCGACGCGUCUCAUCAAGAGCACGCCAAACACGUACGGAAUCUCAUCUCUAACCUGUCGCGUGAUGCAGCGCUGUUCAAGAGAGUGUACAGAUAUGCAUUCGUCGCUGGCCGUGAAAAGGACCAAAAGGCUCUGGCCUUGGACAAUGCUCUCAUCUACUGGAGCAUGCUAUUCUCAGCCCCCGGCCUGGUAUGGAAGGGCAAACACGACUGGCUGGAGCUGUGGAAGACGUUCCUGGGAGAAAAGUGGACUCGAUCCGUCAACCGUGAUAUGUGGAACAUGAUCCUGGAGUUUGCCCUCAAGAGCAUCAACGACGAGUCACUGUCGUUUUGGAGCGAGGACGGCGCAUGGCCGAGCGUCAUUGACGACUUUGUCCAGUGGUGCAGGCAGAGAGGCAUCGGAAAGGCCGAGACAAUGGAUGUCGAUGGCCAAUGAGACUAUGGGUCCCGAUGACCACAUACAACAACUGCCUGGGGCCGCUACGUCUCGAUACUCCACUGAAGAGAAUGGACAAGGGCCUCAUAUUUGGUAUGCAGGCCGAUGCUAGGUGCGCUUACGAUUAGAGGUUGAAAAGGGGGGCUGGCUGGCCUUGAUGCUAGAGGGCUUGCUUGCAAGACUGAUUGUGGCACUCCAGCCUCCGGGCCUCGCGAUUCUACAAUGGCAUAGAUAUUUUGGAGCGAAAGUCAAAAGAACCGUGGAUCGACUUGAGUUGGAAUUGGCAG